GCGGAAGCUUCAUUGAAAGAUCAAAACAAACAUCAUGGCGGCGGCAGACGGAGACGGGAACCAUGAGAGAGGAAAAUUGGGCUUCUCUCUGGACGUCCCCUUCCCGUCGUCCCGUGAGGCGGACAUCGCUCUGCGCUCUCUGUCUCCGGACCGCGAGCCGAGGAAAGGCGGCAUCAGCAAGCAGCUGACGGUGGCGGGCAGCACGCUGUCUGUGAGGUGGAGCGCAGACGAAGCUCGCAUCCUCAGAGUGUCUGUGAACUCGUUCCUGGACCACCUGCAGCUCGUCCUGGAGACCAUGCAGAUGUUCGGCCCUCCGGUUCCUCAGUGAUCAGGACUCAGGACUGUUUCAUCCUCUGGAGGGUUAAAGACUCAAGGACAACAAAAAGAGAGUUUGAGCAGCUGGCAGCUUAAAAACUGUGUUUGUUUUUGUCUCUGAGGGGCCGGGGUUCACUCUGGUGGGUUUUAUUUACACUUUUGUAAAAAAAAAUAAAAGGAAGAUUUCAACUGUUCUGGAGCUGAAACGGGUCGUCGAUUAAUCUGAGAGUCAGUCGGCACAAAAUGAAUCAGCCAGUUUUUGGAUAAAAAUGGAAAAUCUUUUGGUUUGAGCUUCUCCGAUGAGAAGAUUUUCUGUUGAAAGGGACAGUUCUGAUGUUUUGAAUUAAUCCUCAGUCAGUGUGACCUGCAGGAGAAGCAGACAGGAGUUACAGCUGCAUCUCGAAAAAUUUGAAAAUGAUGGAAAUGUCAUAAUAAACAGUAGACAUAUUAUUACAAAUCAUCACAUACAGGUGCAUCUCAAUACAUUAGAAUAUGAUUUAAAUAAGUCCAUCAUUUCCAGUAACUUUUGGUCAUUUUGUGUCUUUUUUUGGGGUAGUUGUAUGUCUUUUUUUGUAAUUAUGUGUCUUUUUUGUUUAUUUAAUGGCUUUUCUUUGGUCAUUUUACAUCUCUGUUGGUCAUUUUGUGUCUUUUUUUAGUCACUUUUUGGUUUGUUUUUUUGUCUUUUUUGUUCAUUUUGUUAAAGAGCUUCUACAUGCUGCUGUAUUAACCAUUAUAGAAACAUAAGAAAUAAUUUUGUUAAUUACUAAUGCUGUUAAUUUAGGACACUGUGGCACAAACCACUGCUUUGUUUAACACUGUAUGUAGGUAAUCACAUAAUACAGGAUCAUCUCAUUACAUCAGAAUAUGAUGGAAAAGCCACACGAUGACCAAAAGUUUUAGUUUUAAUUUGAAUAUUUGACUUGAACUACUGGAAACUGACUUUUCAUCAUAUUCAGAUGCACCUGUAUAUUUUGAAUUGUAAUAAUCUGUGUCUACUUUUUAUUAUGACAUUUCCAUCAUCAGCUCUAAUAAAUGACAUCGGCUGGUCCCUGGUGCUUUAUUUUCAGUUCUGAAUGUCCACAUUCACUUUUUUUAACCUGAUUUUCACCUGUAAAGAUAAUUAAAGGUGCCAUGACGCAGGGCUACCAGCAGGGGGCGCUGCAUGAUUUAAAACAUCCUCCACCUGUUCGUUUUUUUUCUCUGUAAAUGUCUCUUUCUGCCAGUAAAAGUUGUAAUAAAAGCAUCACAUGUGUGUUAAAGCAGUCUGGCUCUCAGCUCAGAGCUAACAAGAUAAACUGUGAUUGUGAGUCAGUGGGAAACAAACAGACAGGCUGAAUAAUAAGUGGAGAGCUGACAGUGAAGAGGAAAUGAAGCUCUGCAGGACUGACACAGUUCUAAUGAAACUUUCUCUCCUGGAGACUCUCUGUUCACUUCUUUUUUACUUGAGUGACUGAAACAGCAGCAAUAAUCUGCAGAAUGCAGAUAUGAAGAGAAUCAUUUCUAUAGAGAGCUGAAGAUCUUAUUCGAUCAAAUGAACUGUCAGAUGACCCUCCUGGGGUCCUUUUUGACCCCAAAUCAUUUUCAUCAUACCAUUAAUAUAGGUUAACUUCCAUAGAACUGAUUGAAAUUGUAAAAAUGAGAAACUUUCAUCAAAUAAUGAUAAACUUUGUCUAAAUAAUGAGAGACGUU